UCCUUCUUGUGUUAUGCCUCUGAAUUAAUUUUUUUUUCCAGGUGGAGUUCAUUGGUGAUGCCUCUUUGGUAUUUUUAGUUGUGUCUUGAGAGCUGAGUGCUCAUUGUUAUUGACUUGCAUGGUUUGAGCAUGAACGAGUGUAUGGAAAGAGAGGGUGAAAGUGUAAGUGUGUGCAUGCAUGUUAAGCUAUCUAUGAGUACGUAGCUACCACAUAUGUAGUUGGUUCAUCUCUAAACACUCAGCAUGUAACAUGAGGGUGUAUGUGCAGGAAUACAAGUAGGAGCAAUUCAGUUUUAGCUUCUAACAUGCAUGAAAAUGGGCAUUUAUUCUGUUCUUGCUCUCCCUUUUCUCUCAUCAGUCUCAGCAUGUUAACAAUCUGUCCAAGGUCGCUGACAUGUUGCUGACAAAUGGACGCCUAGUCACUGCCUGCACUUGUGAGAUUACGUCUCAAACGCUCAUCUGGACUUGAACCAAGUGAAAGCCCACUUGGCGGUGACCACAUGCCUUUUCUUGUGUGUAUGAGCGAGACUGUGUUUGAUAUACAUGUACAGGUGUGGCUGUGGGUAUGAUGAAUGACUUUAAUGAAAACUCACCACCUUCCCCCAUAUCGUUUAACAGUGUAUAGCAAAAGGAUGUCAAUCUCAUGUGUAGUCUAUGGAAACAUGCGUGUGUGUGUGUGUGUGUUUGGAGGAUAGGUGGGUUUAAGGGUAAGUGAGUGUGCUGUUUGUGCUGAAAUUGAAAUUAUAGAGGUACAGUAUACAUUCUCCUUCAGUUGAACGUUCAGUGUUAAAUCAGGAAAGUGCUUUCUCUCAGUCGCUAUACUGGUGAAGUGGUGAUGCACCAUAUGUGAUUGAUGUCAAGGCGACCUGGUGACCUUUCCCAGAGUUACACUCAAAGAAGGUGAAAGGUCACAAUGUACUGUUUUUAAUGGAAGCUUGGUGCAGAACAUGUGUGUGCCGGUCUGUGAGCACAUGCUCAUGCUGCAUUUCCACAAACGUCUCCAUUUUUGCAUCUUUGCGAGUCUGCUUUCUGCUGAAAAUCUACAUAUGAACAGGAGCAAGAUCAGCGAUUCCACUUCAGUGUAAUCAAUUAUUCAUCCUGCUCAUUAUGCAUGUGGGUUCGUUUAGGUGCUCAUUUAAAUCUAUACAGAUUGUCUAGAGGAUGGCAGGCUAUUCAAGCACACAUAAGUUUGAGUGUAACACUCUACUGAUGUAUGAACUCAUCUCCCGUGAGCGAUGUUUCAGGCUUGGUUUUAUGCUUGAUACAUUAUGGAGGGGUAUGUGGUUAUUUCUAAGACUUGUAAGACUUGUCCAUUUUUGAAAAUUGAGACAGAAUAAUGAAUAACUAAUGAGCUGGAAAUGUGUGUAGUUGGUGAUUGAGCAGAGUGAGGUUUUGCUUUGCUAAAUCUGGCUGUGUGUAGCACCUGACUGUGUAACUGUGCACUUAAUGUGAAGAGAUUGCCCCCAUCAGUUGGGUUUAAGCAAUUACAAUUUUGCUCUCUAUUUUUACAUUUCUCCUUUCUGUGUCCUUACCCUCUCUCUCUCUCUCUCUCUCACACACACACACACACACACAAAGACACACACACAGUAGUGCAGUACAAGAGUAUUCCACCAAGACAGUGGGUUGCUUAGACACGGUUUUGUUUACACCCCAGAAAAUGGAACAAAUGUGUGUGUGUGUGUGCAUGUGUGUGUUAUAAUCAGCUCAUCUGGUGUGCCCGUCUGUGUUCAGAUCCCUCUUCCCUUGUACGCUGUCUCUGGGGAGAAAUGUACUGCCACCACAUGGCUCAUCGGUGUUUCUCUGUGAAGUGAGAGAAAAAGAGAGAGAGAUCUGGGCCUCCCUGACUCUAGAGAUGUGUGUGUCUGUCCUGUUUUGAGACAGGAGGGAAUAAAGUAAUGUUUGAGACCAUCUUUAGGCUGUAAUGUACAUCUGGAUGGCACAUUUGAACUGCUUCCAGCAAAAUUAGCAUUUAUUUUUUUUUUGCUUUAUUGCAAUUUACUAAUUAGAGUAACACUAUUCAAUCCUCUAUUUUGACAGCACUUUAUUUUUUUUUUGAAGAUAAGUAAGCUAUAUAACAAAUCAUAUUUGUAGUAAGUAUGUAGAAAGACUGAAAAUAUAAAGGCCUAUCAUGUUCACACAUUCAUUCACCUUCAGUAACUGCUUUAACCUGAUCAGGGUGAGCCGGGAAUAUGUUCAGGAUGGACCUGAACCAUCACCAUGCACAAACACAUUCACACCUAAACUCUAGGAUUUAGAGCUUACAAUCCACCUACAUGCAUGUUCUGGAGAGCCAGUGGAAACCCACACAGACACAGGGAUAACAUGAGAAACUCCAAACAAACAGUCACCCAAGCUCACGAUUGAACCCGGGACUGUGAAGGGAACUGUGGAGCUGUGAUUGAACUGGAGCUGCAAAGCAGAAAAGCUUGGCAUUUUUUUUUAUCUUUUAAUUUAUUGCAGUUAAUUAAUUGGAUUAACAGUAUUCAAUCAGUUCAUCAAGGAAUAACAUGCAAAAUAGUACAUAAGACAUAAAACAAAUCAGACUUGUAGAAAGUUUGAGUUUAUUGAAUCAUCAGAAGAUUCCUCAUUUACUAAUCUUCUUUAAAAUGUAGCUUCUUGAUUUCUUACUUUCUAUUUCUAUUUCCAUUUCCAUUUCUAAUAUUUCCUUCAUCUUAUCAUUGACGGUGGUCUUAUAUUGAACCACUUUCUUGUCACAUGCUUUAAAGUUGAAACAUAUAUUAUUGUUAUACAAAUAUUUCUUUGCUUCUUUGUUCAUUUCUGCUGGUAUAGAUGACAGAAUGACAGAAUCAGAAUAUAUUGUGGUUUUUUUUUAUUUUAAUUUACUUUCCAAAGUAGUGACAGAAAUAAAAAAUGGUUCUCUACACGUCCUGUAUUUGAGGGACUGAAAUGCUCACUGAGUCAUUUAGUAUCCUGCUCAACAUCUACUGGAGAUCAGUUGUCUCUUGCUCUGUCCCUCCCUGUGACUCUGCUGUGGCAGGUCUCAUGAGCAGCUCGCUUUUCAAACAGCUGAGUGUGUGAGGGCAGUGUUUGGGAAUGUGGUGACUGCAGUUGGAACAACUGUUAGUGUGUGCUCACACUCUCCUCACUGUGUAUGAGAGAUACAGGAACUAGUAACAGUGAUGUGUUACAGGACGCACCCUGAGAAAGGCGUCAUUCGCACGGUUGUUUCCAGCUAUGUAACGCCUUCAGGCAGAACAUGGAGAUAGACCAGUGCCUGCUGGAGUCAUUACCUCUGGGGCAGAGGCAGAGGCUGGUGCGCCGGAUGCGUUGUGAUCAGCUGCGUGCAUACUACGAGCGUGAAAGGACCCUGCAGAAACAGAGUACACACAAACCUCACAGCAGUCAGCGCAAGAAACACUCCAUCAGCUUCUCCCUCUCUGAUAUCCUCCAGGACGCCAUCAUACGCCACGAUGAUAAAGAGGUUCUGAAGCUACUGAAGGAGGGAGCUGACCUGAACACAGUUCUCUCAUCAGGAGGUUCACUGCUCCAUCUGUGUGCUCGCCAUGACAAUGUGUUUGCAGCAGAGAUUCUGAUAGAACGAGGCCUGAAUAUCAAUCUGCAGGAUGAAGACCUCUGGACUGCGCUACAUGUGGCCUGUGCCUGUGACCACACUGAUAUAAUGCUGCUGCUGCUUUUGUCCGGAGUCAAUGCGCUUCUGCAGGACGUGAAUGGGAACGUACCACUCGACUACGCCGCUGAGGGGAGCGAGACCAGCUACAUUCUCACCAAGCAUCUGGAAGAGUGUGGAGUGGAUUUGAGCUCCAUACACCAGAUGAAGACCCAGAGAGCUUCUGUCAUGCUGUCAGACGUGAGACAGCUGGUCAGCAGCGGAGCCAGUGUCAACCAGAGAAACGAGGACGGCGUCACACUGCUGCACAUUGCUUGUGCUAGCGGCUAUAGGGACGUGGUGUAUCUGUUAUUGGAGAGCGGAGCAGAUGUACUGGCCACAGACAACAACUACUGGACUCCACUCCACCUGGCUGCCAAAUAUGGACAGAUGCAUAUUGUAAACCAGCUGCUGAAGCACAAAGCCGACCCCACCCUACUCAACUACAAUCAAGAUAAGCCUUCAGAUAUCGCUGCAUCGGACCAAAUAGCAGACAUGUUACUGAAGGCGGAGGAAUUCUGGGUGCAGAGACAGAAGGACCCAACGUUGCUACUCCCUCAUUCAGAAGAACACUGUGAAGAUCUCAACCAGGAUGUCAGCAUGCUGGUUAAAAAACUAACGCCUAUGACUAUGCCCAUUUCAAAGAGGGAUAGUCUGUUGGAGAAGGACAUCAUGUUUCGGGACUCAGGAGGAGCCCUGACUCGUCAGUCGUCCCAGGACAACGGGCCGGAUGGAGCCUAUCCCAGCACCACUAGCAAACUGGAACAGGUGAAGUUAAUGCCUCCAGCACCGAAUGAUGAUCUGGCCUCUCUGAGUGAGCUGACGGACAGCAGCCUUCUGUACGAGAUGCAGAAACGCUUCGGCAACAACCAGAUCUAUACUUACAUUGGUCACAUUCUCCUUCUCAUAAACCCCAACAAAGACCUGCCCAUCUACUCUAAUCUCGUCAGUCAGUUGUAUCUGAGCUCCAGUGGUCGCCUCUGUUCCUCUCUCCCUCCUCACAUCUUCUCCUCAGCUGAACGAGCGUUUCACAUGAUGUUGCAGGAACGACGUCCUCAGUGUUUCAUCAUAAGUGGCGAGAGUGGCUCUGGGAAAUCCGAGGCCUGUAAGCACAUCCUGAAGCACCUCGCUGCUCGUUCCUGUCCGAAAGGAUUUGCUCUGGAACCACGCAUGAAGCAUGUGAACGCUAUCCUAGAAGCUUUUGGCCAUGCUAAGACACCUAUGAACACUAACUCAAGUCGCUUUAUUAAGCUGCUGUCCCUGCAGUACAGUGAGAAAAGAAGGACUCUGCUCAGAGCACGUGUGUACACCUACAUGCUGGAGAAGGCUCGGUUUGUUUGCACACACCAGAACUUCAACAUCUUCUAUCUGAUGGCUGAGGGGCUUUCAGCUGAAGAGAAGAGCAACCUGAACCUAGACAAUAUUAUAGCCCACAGGUACCUGAGCUCAGUGACACCUGCUGAAGCUGCUGCAGUGAACAUGGAGCAGAGCAGAGAGAAGCUGGCAGAGCUGAAACAUGCCCUGCGUGCUCUUGGAUUUAACAAAUCGGAAGUGGAGAAUCUGUUUGUUGUCCUCUCGGCGCUUCUCCACCUGGGGGAGCUGCGUUUCACAGCCCUCACGGACGCGGACACGUCUCUUGUGUCUGACCAGCAGCUGUUAGACCGAGUGGCAGGAAUGCUGCAGGUGAGCCCAGAGGAUCUGGGUGCUGCUCUCACCUCGGAUGUUCAGUAUUUCAAAGGAGAUGUCAUCACACGGCGCCACACAGUGGAAAUGUCCAACCAAUACAGAGACCUCCUGACUAAAGCUCUGUACGGGCGACUCUUCAGCGUUCUAGUGAACAGCAUUAACUCUUAUCUCCAAGGUCAAGAUGAGAGCCUUGGAGACCCUUCACUUGAGAUCAGCAUCCUGGAUGUUUUUGGCUUUGAGAAAUUUCAGAAGAAUAACUUUGAACAGUUGUGCGUAAACAUGGUAAACGAGCGGAUUCAGCAAUACACCACAGAGCUGCUCUUCCAGCAAGAACAGCAGGAAUGUCUGCAAGAAGGGGUCGCCAUGGAGACCGUACGCUCCCCUGCCAGUCAGCCUGCGCUUGUGGACUUCUUCUACCAGAAGCCUCAGGGCAUGCUGUGUGUGCUGGAUGAAGAGAGUCAGUCUCUGAGACCAUCUGAACUCAACCUGUAUAAGAGACUCCAGGCCCAGCUGGACUCCACUGCUACUGACGCUGUUUUUCUUAAUACCAAGGAUGGAAAUGGCAACCCCCCACCGAAAGAUCAGGGCCCGUCUUUUACUGUUGCACACUAUGCUGGAAAGAUGAGCUAUGACCUCACAGGAUCGUUGGAGAAGAAUAGGGAUGCUCUGCCCCAAAACAUCCUGUUUGUCCUCAAAUCCAGUGAGAACGUGCUCAUCCAUCAAAUGUUCCAGUGUAAGCUGACUCAGACAGGCUCCCUGGUGCCUCCAAACCAGCGGCUGCAGCUGCGCAGAUCCAAAGGCGCGUUGCUCCUGCACAUGCCGAGCUCAGCUAGCACGCCCAGAGAUGCACAGAAAUAUCUGGAGCUCAAAAAGCUCAUGAAGAAGAAAGGAGCCACAUCAUUUAUACAGAGGCUGGAGCGUUGUGGCCCGGUCACUGUGGCGCUGCAACUGAGGAACUCUCUAUCAGAGAUCAGCAGUAAGCUCCAGCUGUGCACUCCUCACUUUGUGCAUUGCGUGAGGCCCAACAGCUCAGGCCAGGCCGACACCUUCGACAGCUCCCUGGUGUCCACGCAACUGCAGUACGUGGGAGUUCUGGAGAUGGUGCGCAUGAUCCGCUAUGGCUACCCAGUGCGCAUGCCCUUCACCGGCUUCCUCACCAGAUAUCGAGAGCUGGUGGACACCACAGUGACGCAAGGGAGGAAGAUGUCCGCCGAGGAGAAAUGCCGCCAUGUUCUCCAGCACUGCAAGCUCCAGGGAUGGCAGUUGGGAAGCAGUAAAGUAUUCCUGAGGUACUGGCAGGCUGACCACCUGAACGAUCGCUGUCAUCAACUGCACAAGAAGAUAGUUACCUGCCAGAAAGUGGCACGUGGCUGGCUGGUGAGGCACCGUGUGCGCGGCAAGCUGAGCUAUCAGCAAAGAGAGCAGUGCAACGUACAACGGUUCCUACAGGGGGCAGAAGACUUGGGCUUGCGUGCUUAUGACAGCCUGGUCAUCCAGAACGCAGCUGAUAUUGCACGAGAGAAUGAUCGUCUGAGGGGCCACGUCAUCACUCCACCACUGGGGGAAAGACCUGAACCCGUAGGAACAGAGGACGACUCACCCAGGAGGCCUGUAGAGAAAAGCGGGAGGGUGAACGACGCUGUAGGCCGUGCAGGGAGCCGUCCUAUCAGACACUUCCGUUCCAGUUCUGUGCCUAUCCCCCUAGUCAUAGACAACUUGGUACAUUCCGGCAUCGGGCCAUCAAUCAAACCAGCCUUUCAGUCUGUAACUCACAGCAGUGAAGAGGGGGGUAGUGGAGGACUCUCGUCGCCACGGAAACAACCUCCUCCCAAACCAAAAAGGGACCCUAACACACGUCUGAGUGCAUCCUAUGAGGCAGUGAGUGCUGGCCUGAGCAUUGCUCCUAAGGACAGUCCUGCUGAGGGCCAAGUCUCACCCUCAGGAAGCCCCCCGAAUACGCAGCUAUCCCCCAGUGACCCUCUCUCUAAACCACGUCCUCACAGCGAUGACUACAGCACCAUGAAGAAGAUUCCCCCUCCCAAGCCCAAGCGCAGCCCCAAUACCAAGCUCACAGGCUCCUACGAGGAGAUCUCAUCUGCUCCUGCUCCUGUGCGCCCUACAGACAUGAAGUUGGCAUGUCUGGCACGCAGCGGACACUUUAUGGGCCUUGUUCAGCGGGCAGCCUCUGAUGACGGACCGCACUUGGCCACAUUGAGUGUACAGCCAGUCCGGGAUGAUGAGGAUGUUUACAUCGAGAUGGUGAGCACCUGCAGGGCUAUGAGCAUGGCUAACUCUCACAGUCCAGAGCAGAAUGAAGCUGUUUAUGAGGAAAUGAAGUACUACCCACAUGAUGAGGGUGGAACUGUUCCCCAGGUUGCCAAGCCCGAAGUAGCUGACUCCGCCCCCUUCAGCUGUACUAUUACAAAGCUGCCGCAGAAUCUAGAAACCAAGAGACCCAUAUGCCUCAUAGAGCAUCCAAACAUGCUGAUAGGACGUCAGCAAAGCUGGGAUGGUGAUAAAAGGGGUGAAAAAUCAAAAAAAGAUGGAACGGCAUGUGACAUUCCGGCUCCUUUCCCCAAUCUGCUACCACAUAGGCCCCCUCUGCUGGUGUUUCCUCCAUCUCCAGUAACAUGCUCUCCGGCCUCGGAUGAGUCCCCCCUCACCCCUCUUGAGGUAAAGAAGCUGCCCGUGUUUGAGACUAACCUCAACUAUUCCAGUCAAGAUGGCGGCAGCCCGCUUUCACCCCAGUAUUGUCGCCAGAGAGCCGACUCCUCCCCUAGCCUUUCUGUAUUAAUACCUGACAAAUCUACACCACCACUGACUCCACCACCACCCGCAGCUCCUCCUCCACCGUAUCGCCCUCCAUCGCACUUCCCCUUCCCCCCUGAAGCGAACUUCCUGGUCCUGAGCCGUACCAGUGCAGACUCCAAAAUGACUCAUAAAGGAGGGCACAGUUUAGCAGAGACACCCCCAGGCAGUGCCAAGCCUCCCUACUCACCAGUGAAGUCUUCUCGGCCAGAGCCACGGCGAGCACACUCAUGUUCAUCCUCACCACUGCUGUUCAACCCAGCCAAUGGGAGGGCCCUCACAAGCCCCCUUGAUGAGCUAAAUACACUUUUCAGUUCAGGACGCAGCCUGCUCCGCAAGUCCACAACCGGGAGGAAGAUUAGAGAUAGCGGUUUUUCCAACUCCAACAUGAACCUUCCAGGAAGGGAGGAGCAAGGUCCUUCAUCACCGCAGCUACAGGACAAAAACGCCAAUCACCGCACAUCCUCGCCCAACUCCCCCAUUCCUGCGCCCAUGGAGAACGGCAACCAGAUCUCCAAUGGAACAUUAGAGGAUGAUGGACACCACAAGACAAUUGCAUCCAGUGCCUCUACGCUGCACAGACAUAUGGACAGCCACCACACUCAGGUCAUCCGGCGAUUCUGUGUGUGGGGGGAUCAGGGGUCUACUUUUCAGGAUUUGUUGAGAUGGAGGAGGAGUGUAUGUGAUGGUCGGACAGACUGGCAGAAUGCCUGGCUCCAGCCACAAGGCUCACCUACCUUAUUGAGAAAGCACAAGAGUAAUACGACCAAGAAAGCAUCACCUUAAAAAGUGGUACCUCUGCUGAUUAUGUGUCCUCGUGGAAGGAAACAGGGACAGGACUCUCUUGUUUCUCUCCUUUUCCUUUCUUUCUGUAUCUCUCUCUUAUCACUCAUGAUUUGGAUACGACAUAGGAGAACCUCAUAUCUGUCUCUCAGGCCAGGCACCAAAUAAUAUGGAACCCAAAGGACAUACUGCCAUGUCACGUGUCUUGGUGACCCUUCUGUCUACUACAAAGUCUACAGCUGUCAGAUUUGAAUGCUGCUCUGUGUGGAAGACUCUCUUCGUGCCACAGAGCUUGUGCUCGUAUAUGUAAACCAUCUCGCUGCACUGUAGUCUACAUUUGUAUACCGUAUUUCAGUGUUGGUACUUCAGAUCAAACUGGUGCUGGCUGCUCCUGCGAUUCUGUUGCCUCAGUUUGAUAAAAGGUGGUAUUGGUGGCCCAGAUUAGGGACAGCGUGGAAUAAAGGGGCUGUGCUGCAGACAUAUCUACAGUUUACAUAACGAGUCUCUUUGUGCUGACCUCCUUUGUGAACUGUGUCUACUUCAGGUUCAGCGACGCAGCUAUGUCUCACACUCUUUCAGGUGCUUCUGAGACCCAGCUUCAGAGGUUACGGGCAUUAAAAAUGGGGUUUGUGAACUCUUGUGGGUUCAGGUCAACUCUCAGUGAUAUCCCAGGGUGCACUCUCAUCUGACACAAGCACCAGUUUCAGAUGUAAAGCACACGUUUAACUGAACGAGUAGAUUAUUGCCCACUCAGUGCCAACGCAGACAGCACACAGAGUGAAACAAAGAUACUGAACUGUAAAAUAUAUAACACAGAAAACUACUUUUCUGUAUUUUCUGGCUGACACAAGACAAAUGGAACUAAUGAUAAAUUAGUUCAUUAAAAGCAAAUGUAUAUGUAGAUUUGAAUAAUAAUUUCACAAUCCUCAAACCUGAUUUUUAAAGGUUGGGAGAAACCUUUGGACAGGAAUUGGUGCCACUGUGGUGGCAGUUGACCAGAUUACAGCACAAACAGUGUGGUGUGUAAGUAAUUGGACAAGGAUUUGGCCUUUGUUGUUGCCAUUCUGUACUUCAGCAAGGAAAAUAGGACUUUACAUUUAUUCAAUUAAGUAUAUAGGCAUCACUGCCGGCUGCCAGCAGAACAUGAUGCAAAACAACAAAAGCUGUCGUUGUGCAAUUACUUGAACUUCACUGUAUCUUCUCUGGUCUCAUUUGAGGCCUCAAGCUGUCAUUUUUUUAACGAGUACAAGUAAAUACCAUCUCAAAAAGAUGAAAAACAAGUGUUCAAUUUGUAAUUUAUACAUAUGCCUGACGUGUAAUGAGACAUUGCUUUCUGUGUUGUCUGUCUGGAGCUCCACGUAGACUGGAGGUGUCCAGUAUAAAUAAAUGCAGUUGUAAUGAACAGAAUUAGAGAUGUUCCACAGUUCUGAAGUGGAAUCUUUUAAAUAUAAUGACAUGACAGUCUCAUGUCUGCAAUGACACUUAAACGGUUUAUAUAAUCAGUGAAUACCCUUCAUCUUUGUCAGGCUGCAAUCAGUGUUCUAAAUGUUGAGCAAUUUUUGCUUUGCUUAGAUUUUUUUGGUGUGUAUUUUCUUGAGCCUCAUCAGCCCGCCUGUUAAUGCAGACCUUUUCAUUAAAUAUAGUAGUGUUAUUUCAUAAGUUUCAUACUGACAUGAUUGAAAUGAGCCCCUAAACUCUAUUUCAUCCAUGCUUGGGUCAUGAAAAAAGUUUAAAAAAUGCGCAUUUACUCAAUUUUAUUGAUUUCACGCAACAAAUGGCCUGUCCGAUUGAAUGUACAGAAUGUAAGAAUGUUAAAAUAAGCACACUCUCUUACUACCUGUGAAAAAAAAAAAAAAAAAAGCAGAGAUAGUUUAAUAAGUCUAUGUACAAAAGGUGGAUUUCCUGGACAAAGAUUAUUCAUAGUUCUAGACUACAAAAUCACUUUCAGUGCAAAACCACCACUGAUAUUUACAUUUAUUACAAGACUAGUCUUAAUCAAGAAUUCUGCCACUUAGUGUCCACAUGAUGGAUAUUAUUUGGUGAUUGUAAAUGUAUUUAUAAAAAGACUUUGUAAAUGAAAACAUUUAUGAUCUAAGAACAUUAUUUAAUGUGACUAUCCAGAGUUAUAUCCAGGCAUUAUAUCUACUGAGUGAUUUAAUGAGAAAUACGUAGCUGCCAAAUCCCACUGAUUCACACUGACUCCCGAUUUUGUAGGCCCCUUUUAAACACUACAAUGUUCUCUGCAAAAUACUGUAGUUGGUGAAUACCGCUCACACCAUAAAGUUUCAUUCAAACAAAUUAGAAAUUGAUUUUCAGGCUGUGCAUACUGAUCAAACUAAAGACUGAUGGCAUACGAUCUGUGCCCUGGGGUUUGGCAUUUGAAGUAAAACCAGGAUUUCCCAAAGACAUGGUAGAACAAACAUCAUCGCUUGAUAAUGGUUUGUCACUUUGAACACUGUAAUACAGUUCUUUUGGGAUGCUGGAUACAGACCUUUCAUGAUAAUCAGCUAAUUAUUCUUUAUGAUGUUUGCAAGCAGAGUUACUUUUUGCUUUGCUACUGCUAUACAGGGUUAGCGUGGAUGACCUUUUGUUUUGUUUAUCCAAAAUGAUCCUUUACCAUAAUGCCUGUCAUUCACAUUACGUAAUUAUUGUAAUGACAAAUAUUGUAUAGUAGGACCCCAUUUUUUCUACAGUAUAGUUUAAAAAAGAAGAUCCCUUAAAGCAUGAAUAGCACACUACACUGUUACUUUGUGUUUACUGUGCUGCAUUAUGAUCAUACAGACAUAUCAUUCUCUGUCUCAUCUGGUGCUGUGGAACUUUCCGGACUCCUGUGUGGACAUUGUGUUUUAUCCAUGUAAUGUGAACCUCCCUUCUCUUACUCAACACCAAAAAACAUCCCUUUUUUAAUGAUUCACUGGUGCAAGGUGUCAUUUUAAGGAGUGACGUUGCUGAGGGCACAGUUAGAAUCUCUUCAUUUCGCAGUCACUCCCAGUCUCCCAGACAGAAAUGGACAGCUUGAGUUUCUGUGCUUGCUCAAACUCUCAUUAUUGUAUAUUACUUCAUCAGUGUGGAUGUCACUGCAUUUCUGAAGUCACUGUUCCCUGUUUUUCUUCAUCAUGUUCUUUUUGUGCAUUAUAAAAUAUAUGAAUCUAACUAUUGCUCCAAUACAUGCGUGUCUGUGGGAAACAUAUUUUGUUUUAAUUAUGUUUUAUAAAAUUCCUGUACAGCAAUAAAGCACAGUAGUGCCAAUG